ACGGCUGGUUCAAUUUCUGGGAAAACACUCGGUGCCCUCUGCCAGCUGAGGCUCAUUUUAUAACAUGAGGCAACAGGCUGCACCUUAAAAAAAAUAUUUUCUGAGAAAUGCUUACAAACUUUAUGAGACUUAAAAAAGGGCUGAGAUAAACUAACUUGGCUAUAUGUGCGAGUCGGUGUCGACGCAGUGAACUCCACGCUUGUGCUUCAUUGUCUCUGUUCAUCCCUACAGUGAGAAAGAGUCCCGUCCCUUCAGUUCAGAGGGCGUGGUGUAUGUGUGUGUAUGUGUGAGUGGGAAAACAAACAGCAUACAACCAACAGUAGCCUACUUCCUACAUCUGCGUACAACUCGAGCAUUUCUUCCCCUCAGCUCGCGUCAAGCGUCUCUCCUGCGCGUAGUGUUUACACUCAGUCCUGCUGAGCUCAGAGGACGCGUCCCAUCAUCACUAAAUGACGCGCCGCAGCGCUGCAGUUUUACAUCCACACCACAGCUCCACGCGCGCUCAACAUAGAUGGACCAGCAUCAUCUGAGGACUUCAGAGUGAUAUUACCGUCGUGAUUGUGUUGUUUUUUUUUUUUUGUAAAAUGAGCGGAGGGGAAAUCAUCUGUCAGGGAUGGUUGAGAAAGUCUCCACCCGAGAAGAAGCUCCGGAGAUAUGCUUGGAAGAAGCGCUGGUUUAUCCUGCGUAGUGGGCGCAUGAGUGGAGACCCGGAUGUUCUUGAGUACUACAAGAGUGACCAUGCCAAAAAGCCCAUUCGCAUCAUCGACCUGCAUUGCUGCGAGCAGGUGGACGCUGGCCUCACCUUCAAACGCAAAGAGUUCCAGGACAGCUUUGUGUUCGACAUCAAGACGGCCGAGAGAACCUUCUACCUGGUGGCAGAAACGGAGGAGGAGAUGAACCGCUGGGUCCGCUCCAUCUGCCAGCUCUGUGGAUUCAACCAGUCAGAGGACAACCAUCACGAUGAGAGAUCAUCAACCACCCACAUUUCCCGCUCACUGGCUAAUGAUCUGGGUGGCUCUCUGGCUCCACUGAUUGGUGAACGGAAAACAUCUGUUCCCGCCCACUCCAGCCAGCCAAUGCUUUUCACAUUCGACAUACCUGUACGCCACUCCCAUAGUACUCUGUCUAAUAGUGCUCCUCAGGACUACCUCUUCCUCCAUCAGUGCAUGAGCCGCAAGAGUGAGAGUGCACGGAGUGCCAGUUUCUCGCAGGCCUCGCGCAGCAGUCUUCUGGUGGGCAGUGACUCGGCAGUUCAGAGACUCACUCAUGGUUUCUCUCAUUGCCUGAAUGGCAUGGGCGCCCAGCUUCACGGUUUCUACAGCCUUCCCAAACCCGGCAAAAAUCAGCAGCCCCCUUCACGGAACGACUCACGUGACGCUUGUUAUGUUCUCCCCAGGGGUUUUAGUUCUGAAGGGGCAUCAGAGCUUGAAUCAGAUGAUGUCUACACUUAUAAGACCCCCAAUAACACUCUAGCAGCCCUCCAAACCAAUGAGCAGCGGGCCCUCGAUAACUAUGAUUUACCGGGCUCUAUCUACCAGAUCCCCCGCACGUUUGAUAAGAACCACAAUGCCCUUAUGCCAUCCAGUUCUGACUCCACAAAUGCGCCUCCUCCCAGACCUCCCAAACCCAGCCAGGCCUCAGAGACACGGCGGGGCAGCCCACUGACCGUGGGGGCCCAAAAUGGAGAGGUCUCCACAGUAUCCGUCAUCCCCAGGAGGAACACACUGCCGGCGGUGGAAAACGUCAAGCUUCACAGAGGAUCCUCUUUUGAGACCAGCAGUCACCAAAAGCCAGUCUAUUUCAACAAUUCUGGUCAGUCAGUGGAGUCUGUAAAUGAUGGCUUCAGCUCAUACCUGAGAACUAAAGCCCCAUUGACCCGCUCCGAUAGUGCCAGCUCUGAGGAUAACUAUGUACCCAUGAAUCCCGGCUCGUCCUCCUCCCCUCUCAGUGCUGCCCUGGCUGACAGUCCUAAAAAUAAUUAUAUUCCCAUGAGCCCAGGUCCUCACCAUUUUGAUUUCCCAGGAUUUUCAGCAACAUUGCCAGCCAGGAAGGGCAGUACAGCAUCACUAUGUCUCCGACCCGGCCGACUCAGUGACGUCACACCACCACCGAUUAAUCGCAACCUUAAACCCAACCGGACAGCAAAACCAACACCUCUUGACUUAAGGAACAAUGGCAUCAUUGAUGAACUUCCCUUCAAGAGCCCUAUCACCAUGUCUUGGAUCAGACCCACGCCUGUGAACUCCAUCUCAUCGCAGCCCUGUCGGCCCAUUUCAACCCAGAGCAUCACAAGUACUGAUUCUGCAGACAGUGAGGAGAAUUAUGUGGCAAUGCAAAACCCAGUGUCUACCUCCCCAGCGAUGAGUGGCACCAGCAGUCCUGCACCCAGGAAUUGUGGUAAUGUGGACUAUUUGGCCCUGGACUUUCAGCCUGGCUCCCCUGGUCCACACAGAAAGCCGUCCACUUCUUCAGUGACCUCAGAUGAAAAAGUGGACUACGUCCAAGUGGACAAAGAGAAGACUCAGGCCCUUCAGAACACCAUGCAGGAGUGGACAGAUGUGCGACAGUCAAGCGAGCCAAAUAAAGGCAUCAAGUCCUGAUGAUUUUCAAAUGUUCACACUGAAUGCGUCACUUGAUGCAACGUGAUACAAACUGAUUUACCUGUGACAAAAUAGCGAAUGAUACACCAACAAAAGCCAUAGAUCCAGUUCGUUCGGUCUUUUGAGGACAAAAAAACUCCAAUGAACCUCCUAGACUGUCUUGCCAUGCAUGUUAGACAUGUUUAACUUUUCAAAGUGCAGUGCAACCAAACUUUAGCUACUUACUCUCUCUCUAAGUGUGAGCGAAGAAUGAUAAGCAGUGAAUAUUUAAAUCUAGUUAUAGAUUAUGCAAUUUUUUUACAAUGUUAAAAUACUUUCAUCACAUCUUAAAAUUCAAAGACAGCUAGAAAUCUAUUUGUCGUUUGAUUACCCCAGGAAAGUGUAAACACUGUGACUCUAUCAAAACAAUGCUCUGUUUGUUUGAGCAUCCUGACCAGCCUGACAUAGUAACACUGGCUCAACCAAUGCCAUUAGUUUGGGGUGGGGCUGUCUGACCAAUGGCAUAUAGGGGGAGUAUUCAUGAAACCUGUUUGAAACUCAACAUUUUUAUUGUUUAGUGUUAUACAGUGUUACAGUGUCUACAGUUUUAUAAGGGGCAGAACUUCAAACAGAAGUCAUGGUGGUCUGGCUGCCAGAUUGAACUUGCCUGUUAAUUCAGCAGAAGAGAGAAGGUUACUUUUUUCCAUUUUUUUGAGCCAGGAAACGUAGAAAAUGUUUGAAAGAGAGAUUCUUGAAGCUUUUACAUUUAAAAAAAAUCAGGUGUUUUCACACAUGGCCUGAGAGUUCAUAUGAAUGUCAGCUUAUAUGUGACCCUGGACCACAAAACCAGUCUUAAGUGGCUGGGGUAUAUUUUUAGCAAUAGCCAAAACAACAUUGUAUGGGUCAAAAUUAUCAAUUUUUCUUUUAUGCCAAAAAUCUUUAACAUAUUACGUAAAGAUCAUGUUCCAUGAAGACAUUUGGUAAAUUUCAUACCAUAAAUACAUCA